CGCCUAGUCCCUCCCCGCGCCGACAUUUGAAAACGGCUUUGUGAAGAACACACAGAGAGAGAGAGAGAAAAAAAAGUAAAGAGUCCGUCCGACGAAGAAAAACAUAAUCAGACAUGGCUCCCAGGAAAAGGACCACCAAACAACGGAAAAACAACCCCAAGACGGCCAAGCUGGAAGCUUUUCUGGAGGAUUUUGACAGCGAGGUGAAGACCAGAGUUGGUCAACUGAAAGAGAAACUUAACCAGCUGCUGAAAAAUGUUGACAACAGCUACAACAUGGCACAAAUUAAGCUCCCCAAGGCUGUCCGUCAAAUGGUCUGGUUGGAACAUUUCAGGGCUGAGAAACCAAAGUCACCAGAAGUGGAUAAUACAAAGAGAGAAGAGGAAGCUGCUAUUGUUGACAGCGUUGUGGCUGAGGACCACGCAGUCCUUCUCAAAUCAGUCAAGAAAACAUCAAAGAAAAAGGGUGCAGCCAAUUGCAGUUCGGAGGAUGAAAAGACCCCGGCCACAACAAGGAAGGGCAAAGCAACAAGGAAACCUCCAACUACAUCAAAAAGAGCAAAGGCGCUGACAAUCAGCAAGCAGAACAACUCCAUCAGACGCUCGACCAGGAAGCCAUUGGUCACUCCUGCCAGGAGUAUGCUGGAUUCUUCUUUUAUGAUGGGUCCCACUCCCCUCAUUACUCCACGCUUGACCCAAGGUCUUUAUUCCCUCAGGCUUCCUAAGACCCCUGCUGUGAGGAUUCCCCGCCACAAAGAGAGGGUUUAUAGCAUUUCAGUCAACGGCUCUCCCAUUUCAGCAGGAAAUGAGGACAUUGUCAUCAACGUUCCCAUUGGCAACGGAGAGAGCAUUCAGUUAUUGGCCAGUCAGUUGGACUCAGUGGACCUGUCUCUACUGGAUGAGACCGCUCUGACGAGCAUUCGGCUGCUGCAGAAUCGCCUUACAACCCUGUGUGGAACAUCACAGUGACCUAACCCUCUUCUAUCAACUUGUACAUUAUUUUAAAGACAUUUUAUCUAUAUUUUAAAGCUUUACAUGCUCUGCUGUGGUUUUACUUAUAGGUGAGAUAAAUGUGGGUUAUUUUACCAUUUGUUUUAUUCAUUUACUUUUGUAAUAUACUCCUUACAAACUUAUUUUCUUCUUUUUCAAGCAUUAGGGUCUAUCCUUGGGGGAAUUCUGCCUAAUGUUCGUCUCAUUUUAGUGCUUUUCCAGUCUUUUAAUCCUUUUGGCCAGUCAGACUUCUAAGGUUUGGAUUUUAGUUGUCCUACAAGCCAGUUAAUUGAUAAGUACUCUGCAAAUAUGCUUUACUGUUCAUUCUUUGAUUUGUAAGUACAUUCUAAUCUUACAUUUAUUGUGUUUUUUAUUUUGUCAUUGUUCAUCUUUAUCUGCAAAACUAAGGAUUCUGACCACAGCUUUCAA